AUGGAUAUUACAAUACUCAUCUGUCUAAUUUUGGGAACAUUUUUCACCAACAUAGCUUCGGCAGAGAAAAUUCUGCGUUACAUGCCCACCGAGUACAAAUUAUGGAGUGACAAUGUCGUUCUUAAUUACACAUUUUCCAUGGAUCCCAACGUUCCAUAUGUCAAUGUCACUGCAAAAGUUUUACAAGAAAUCAAACAGUUGGACAUUCAUGCAACUGGUGCAAUAGUUGGCAAAAACGAUCCUUCAUAUUUCUUCAGUUACAAUACAACCUACAGUGUUUGUGACUUGUUGGCUUGGAAGAGUUCAUCACCAAUUGGAAUGUUUGUAUUCCAAUAUAUUAAGGAAUAUGGAAGUCUACCUGACAGUUGUCCAAUUGCAAAGGGUGAAUAUGGAUUCCAUAAUAUUUGGCUUCCAGAAGAUCCUCUUACAGCCACUCUUCCAGAAAUUGAUUUUAACGUUAACAUUCAAGCAAUUGCUACCACUGUUGAUGGUUCAGCUGUCAAAAAAGUCAUCUUAAAUGACUUUUGGAAAGGUGAAGGACGUGUCAUAGAUGUGCCUACAGUGAAAAAGAGUGUUCUAUCUUACAUUCCAAAGGUUUCUGCAAUGGGUUAA